UUUCCUGUUUUGUACUAACUCCAAAAAAACAAGUUCAAUCCAGCUAAGGAUGAUGGAGGAUGAAGACACUGGAGGAAUUGACCUUGAAGCUCAGGGGAGUUCGCCGCUGCUAAUUACUGAUCAAUUGGGUACUUCUUUGAUGAGGAGGUCCGCCCUCAUUGUCCGAUCUACUCAGAUGUUCAUUGAAGCUGGAGCAAGAAUAGCAUCCUUUUCUCGAGUGUCCUCAUCCUCCACCAUCAUUUAUACUCCUCUUAACAGCUUUAAUCUUCAACAUGGAGAAUUGGAAGCUUCUGGAGAUCAAAUUGUCCUUGAUGAAGAUGUGGCAGCUUCACCUGAUAGAGCCUGGCAUGUUAAUAUUGAACAAUCAGACGAUGAUCAUAUUGAGAUUGAGCUUCAGCCUCAUCAGCAUUGCUUACAGAUUAGCAAGAUUAAUGAGAUUGCGAAGGAGAAGAACAUGGAUUCACUUCACAAUUUUGGAGGAGUAAAGGGGGUUGCAGAAGCAUUGAGUAGUGCUGUCGAGAAAGGAAUUCAUGUUGGAGACAUUUCUCGCCGCAAGGGGACAGACUUGUCUCACCACAUGACCUUCACUGAGUAUGGCCACUUCUUCCUACAAUUAGCACGCAAGGAACCAACUAUUUUGCUCCUUGCAGUUGCUGCAAUAUUGUCAUUUGCUUUUGGAAUCAAUGAAGAAAGUAUGCAGAAUGGCUGGUUUGAAGGAGCACUUUUGCUUGUGGUCAUAUUUGUGACUGUAUUGAUUAAGAUAGCAAUAAAUUGUUAUGAAAGGCGCUGUUGGAAGAAGCAAAAUGAUCACGAAGCAAACACGAUACAAGUUAUGAGAGGAGGCAACGAAGUGGCCAUCUCGGCCUUAGAUAUUGUUGAAGGAUUGUGUAUAGGUGUUCGUAACACGCAGCGGAAGACAAUAACAAUUCUAGGCAGAUCUUUUCAUGUUUAAAAUUUAUUUACAUGUCAAUAGAUCACAUCUAAGACGUACCUGAUGAAGAGAGUACCGUUUCAAAAUUUCUUCGAUAGUGCGAAGACUCUAUGCGUAUCCACACCGAGAC